AGUCCUCGAGAGAGAGUAGCGCUGAAGUUAACCUCACACAUUCAUUUCGCCAACCAAAAAAAAGGUCUCAUCUCUCAUCUCUCUCACUCUCUAUCUCUAUCUGUUUGUGUGGGAAAAUGAGGACUUCCAUCGUGAGAUCCGUACAAUCUGCCAUAGCCAGAAGUAGCAGUAGCAGUCGCAGUACUUAUGUGUGUGCUCGCGCAUACUCAUCGGACUCUGUCCCUGAGCGCAAGGUCGCCGUUUUGGGCGCCGCCGGUGGGAUCGGCCAGCCUCUCGCUUUGCUCAUGAAGCUCAACCCUCUCGUCUCUAAGCUCUCCCUCUACGAUAUCGCUGGCACCCCCGGUGUUGCCGCCGAUGUUAGCCACAUCAACACCAGAUCUGAGGUGUCUGGGUAUGCGGGUGAAGAGCAUUUGGGAAAAGCUUUGGAGGGAGCGGAUGUUGUUAUAAUCCCGGCUGGUGUCCCCAGAAAGCCCGGUAUGACCCGUGAUGAUCUCUUCAACAUCAAUGCCGGCAUCGUCAAAUCUCUCUGCACUGCUAUUGCCAAAUACUGCCCUCAUGCCCUUGUUAAUAUGAUAAGCAACCCCGUGAACUCAACGGUUCCCAUUGCUGCUGAGGUUUUCAAGAAAGCAGGAACGUAUGAUGAGAAGAGAUUGUUUGGUGUGACUACCCUUGAUGUGGUUAGGGCUAAGACGUUCUAUGCUGGAAAAGCAAAUGUGAACGUUGCAGAGGUUAAUGUCCCAGUUAUUGGUGGCCAUGCUGGCAUAACUAUUCUCCCUCUAUUUUCUCAAGCCACACCAAAAGCCAAUUUGUCAGAUGAAGUUAUCAAGGCUCUUACCAAGAGAACUCAAGAUGGAGGAACAGAAGUUGUGGAAGCAAAGGCCGGAAAGGGAUCUGCGACAUUGUCAAUGGCCUAUGCUGGAGCCAUAUUUGCUGAUGCUUGUCUAAAGGGACUUAAUGGAGUUCCAGACGUAGUGGAAUGUUCAUAUGUGCAAUCAAACGUCACUGAGCUUCCUUUCUUUGCAUCCAAGGUGAGACUUGGAAAGAACGGUGUGGAGGAGGUUCUAGGGCUAGGUCCUCUCUCAGACUAUGAAAAAGAAACCUUGGAAAGCCUGAAACCCGAACUCCUGUCAUCCAUUGAGAAGGGUAUCAAGUUUGCCAACCAGAGUUAGAUGCCUAUAUUAUUUGUGGCUGGCGUUGUGUGUCCACACUCCCAUGAGAAAAGUCAGCGAAAUUUUGCUUUUGUUAUCUUUGCUAGUGUUGUAUUUGUUGCUCCAAGUGGCACCGGCUUUGCUCUUUUGGUAGGCUUUUUAUAAAGCAAAGAUUCCAUCAAUAAUUCCCAGUGACAUGUUAAGGCAGGGAUAGCUGUGAACUUUAUACAAUUAGUUGGGGAUGAUUAUUCAUCUUACUCAUAAUUAUUGAUUACGGAUAUGCCAUUUGCAUGGGUUAAUUUGA